UGUGGCUGUGUCGAGGCUGAGGCCUCAGCACGCUGCGAUAAAAGACACCGCCAUCAGCAGCAUCGCACCCAUUGCCCAAUACUCACUUUCCUGCCAACUUAAUCACCAAUGCAGAAUUCCACCACCCCAUCCCCACUCCCCAGCACAAUGGGAGACGGCGACGCAUCCCCGCAAGUCUCCUCCCUCUACGGCCCGGGCGCCUACAUCUGCUGGCUCAGCACCGUCCUCUCGGUGACCAUAUCCUGGCUGCUCAACCCCUCCAGCCGACAAAAAGACACCAUAACGAACGACUUCAUAGCGGCGGUCACGCUGCCCAUCGUCGCAGCCCUGCACUCCUUCAUCCAGUCCGCGCGAGACACAGACACGCAGAACGCGACCUCAAAAGCAACCCUCAGCAUCUGCCGCGCAUACUCCAUCUUCGGGACCUACCUGCUGCUCAUCGCGUGCGAGAAGGAGCGCAGCAAACGGCCCAUUUGCGUGCUCUCAGUCGCGAUGCUGUGCGUAGUCGCGCGGCUCGCCGCGCUCUUCAGCCCCGCGGUCACGUUCGACCCCAUCGAGAUGUACACGAUCAGCUGGGAGAUCGCACUCCUCGUCGCCGUGAUCUUCCACCACCAGAAGGUGCAGCCGCGGCUGCAUCUGUACCUCGUCCGGGCGGAGAUCCGGGCGGGCGCGCAGACGUGGUGGAUUCUGCUGUGUUGGAAGAUGAGGCAUGUUUUUGCGUUUGUGGGGAAUGUGCCGAUUCUGGGCGCGGUGCUGCUGAGUCUGUCUGUGUUGCCGUUUUUGCAGGGGAACUCGGUGAGGGGGGCUAUUGUGCCGGUUACGCCGUACUCGGUGGCGGAUCUGGAUCAGGCGGUUGCGCUAGCUGCGGGGGUGAUUACGCUGCUUAUGGGGAUUCGGGAUGCGAGGAAGGCUAAAAGAGUUGAAAGUGGAGCACGAGAUGAGUGAAGGCUGCUUGCCGUCAAAACUUCGGAUCCGGAAGAUACCCAUCGAAUUUCAUCCUACUCCACAACAGAGUACGGACGAUCCUCAAGACGGCACCGCCUGAGCAUACGCCUGCUUAUCAGCGCAAGCCCUGACACUCCCGCCAUCAAGGGGUACCUUUCAUGAGCAGGUGCAAGAGAAACUGGGAGAGUCGAAGGAGAACCGAUGGCUUGAAAGAGCCCGAAGUGCUCCUGCAACGUUAGUGUACGGUCCAACGGUUGUGUAGCGGAGUAUCACGGUACUCUGACUGCCAU